AUGCCAAAUUCGAGAAGUUCUAGCUUUACUGGUGAUGCACAUCCCUUCACAGGUAGACGUCGAGGUAUCAUUCGUACUUACAGUAUGGGUCAGCAAAAAAGACGUCCAGUCAUCAUGAACGAUGAUCGUAUCAUCCGUCAAAGAAGAUUAAGUCAUGAUGCUAUACCUGAUGCACCACGCAGAUUCAUCGUGGAUGUGGAAGAUACGAUGCGAAUGAUCCUGGAACAAGAAGAUACAGAUGGCAAUUUCCAAAUCAGUAUCACCGAUAGCGGACCAAAAGUGUUCAAUUUGGGUACUGCAACAAGUAACGGCUACAAAGGUUUCGAUAUUCGUGGUACAUAUAUGCUUUCCAACUUGCUACAAGAAUUGGCCAUCGCUCGCGAGCAUGGUCGCAAGCGUAUCAUGCUCGACGAGUCGAGGCUGACGGAAAAUCCAGUCGAUCGUCUUUCACGCAUGAUCUCACAAACGUUUUGGCAUAAUCUUACCCGCAGAAUCGAUGCAGACGGUUUGGAAGCCAUCUUGGCAGACCCAAAGAACCGAAGCAAGUCACGCAAUCCACGCAUUUAUGUUCCCAGCGGUGAGCCAGAAAUGUUCGAAUACUACAAACAAGUGGCUGCCGAAAGACCAGCAAUGAAUUUGCAAGUAGAGCUUCUCCCAAAAGACAUCACUGCCGACUAUACUCGUGAUUUGAACGAUAAACCCGGCCUCUUGGCUUUGGCUAUGAGAAAGGAAAGUGACAAAGAUGGCAAAGAAAGGUUACAGGGAAUUCCUUUCAUUGUCCCGGGUGCUCGAUUCAACGAAUUGUACAAUUGGGAUAGUUAUUUCAUUUCGCUUGGUUUAGUGGUUGAUGAUAUGGUUGAUAUGGCAAAAGGCAUUGUAGAACAUUUCAUCUUCAACAUCAAGCAUUAUCACAAGGUGUUGAAUGGAAAUCGUUCCUACUAUUUGAUGCGAGCUCAACCUCCCUUCUUGACAGAUAUGGCUCUGCAAGUUUAUUCCCGCUUGGAUCACAAUAAAGAGGAAGAGAAUAAACAAUGGUUGCUCAAAGCAAUGCGAGCAGCAAUCAAGGAGUAUCACACCGUUUGGAUGGCAGAACCACGUCUUGAUCGCAAGACUGGCUUGAGCAGAUAUCGACCUGAAGGACGCGGUGUUCCACCUGAAACGGAAGCAAGUCAUUUUACCCAUAUCUUGCGCCCAUAUGCAGAAAAGUAUGGUUGCAGCGUGAACGAAUUCACACGCAAAUACAACGAUGGCGAAAUUCAAAGUGAAGAAUUGGACGAGUACUUUAUGCACGAUCGCGCUGUACGUGAAAGUGGUCACGAUACUACGUACAGAUUCGAAAAAAGAUGCGCAAAUCUGGCUACCAUUGAUUUGAAUGCUCUUCUCUACAAGUAUGAAGUCGAUAUCGGUACAGCGAUCAGGGAAUUGUUCGAUGAUCGAUUGGAAUUGGUAGAAGACUUUGUCAUGCAUGCUCCAUUACCCGAUGACAUGCCGCAGCCCGACAAGCCUUCGCGAUCGAUUGAAACACCUCAAACGUCUGCCGAAUGGUUCGCACGAGCAGCAUUCCGUAAGAAGCAAGUUGACAAAUAUUGCUGGAACGAAGGCAUGGCUUUAUACUAUGAUUACGACACGGUGAGGGAAGAACAAAGCGUUUAUGAAUCAGUCACUGCAUUUUGGGCAAUGUGGGCCGGUUUGGCAAGCGAAAGACAAGCAGAUUUAAUGGUACGCAAGAGUCUGAAGAAGUUCGAAGUUGUCGGAGGUCUCGUACCCGGAACGGAAGAUUCGCGAGGCAAAAUAUCUCUCGAUCGCCCUAAUCGACAAUGGGAUUAUCCGUUUGCAUGGCCACCACACCAAAUGCUCACUUGGGUAGGAAUGGAAAGAUACGGAUAUGUGGAAGAAGCGAGACGAUUGGUAUAUCGUUGGUUGUAUAUGAUCACGGUGGCAGUUGUGGAUUUCAAUGGUUUAGUACCGGAAAAGUUUGAUGCCGUUAAACUUUCUCAUAUGGUCGAUGCAGAAUAUGGUAACCAAGGUAUCGAUUUCAAGUACGUCGUCAAAGAAGGAUUUGGUUGGACGAAUGCAUCCUUCCAAGUCGGCUUAACUUUCCUCGAUACCAAGUUACGUAGAGCAUUGUCUGUUUGUCAAGAUCCAGAGACAUUGUUUGGGAAAAAGUAG